AAAAAAAUUAUAUAAUUGGACAUUUAGCGAGAUAUUUUCUUAUUUCAAACUUUUUUACGAUGGAAAGGCUUCAACGACUUUUCGGAGCGGCUGCCGCCAGUCACCAACCUGGCAUGGAUACUCCAACCGUGGACAACGCGGAAAUGGUUUAUAUUUCUUCUUUAGCUUUGCUUAAGAUGCUAAAGCACGGACGUGCCGGUGUGCCCAUGGAAGUUAUGGGUUUGAUGCUUGGUGAAUUUGUGGAUGAUUAUACUGUACGUGUAAUUGACGUAUUUGCUAUGCCUCAAAGUGGUACAGGUGUCUCCGUGGAAGCAGUUGAUCCAGUUUUCCAGACAAAAAUGUUGGACAUGCUGAAGCAGACCGGACGGCCUGAAAUGGUAGUUGGCUGGUAUCAUUCUCAUCCUGGAUUUGGAUGUUGGUUAUCUAGUGUAGAUAUAAACACGCAACAGAGUUUUGAGGCAUUGAAUCAAAGAGCAGUGGCUGUUGUUGUUGAUCCUAUACAGUCUGUUAAAGGCAAAGUGGUUAUUGAUGCUUUUCGUUUGAUCAAUCCACAAAUGCUUAUGCUUGGACAAGAGCCACGUCAAACUACAUCCAAUAUCGGCCAUCUUAAUAAACCAAGUAUUCAAGCUUUGAUCCAUGGAUUGAAUCGUCACUAUUAUUCGAUUGCAAUUAAUUAUCGAAAGAAUGAAUUGGAACAGAAAAUGUUGCUCAAUCUACAUAAGAAAAAUUGGACUCACGGACUAACAUUGACAAACUUUACGGAACAUACCGAAAUUAAUGAAAAAGGAGUCAAUUCAAUGCUUACAUUGGCAGAAUCCUACAACAAAUCGGUACAAGAGGAAUCAACUAUGACACCUGAACAAUUAAAAACUCGACAUGUCGGAAAACAAGAUCCCAAACGUCAUUUGGAGGAAAGUGUGGAAGAAACUAUGUCUAAUAAUAUAGUAAUGGCACUAGGAACUAUGAUUGAUUCAGUUAGUUUCGUAGACACCAACCAAAAAAAAUAAAAAAGCAGGAAUUGCUACACACUUACAAAAUUGUUGGAUUAUAAAUUUUAUAACCAUAUUUAUUAGCAGUUAGUUAUCAGCUUUACUUGUACUUACUUAUUUUAGACAUUUAUUACAUUUAUCAUACAUCUAUAGUACAUUUAUUUAAUUAAAUCUACGAUGUUAGCUUUAAUUAAUAACUCCUAUCCAGUGUUAAUUUGUUUAUAUAAUUCGG